GGUGGAACGGCGCUGGUUGGCUGGCCACACCACAACAACAAUACACGCGGCGGCGUGCUGACCCUGAACGCGACCUUGCUUGAGCGAGCACUGCUGUUCCUUGCACCAGUCAUCAACUGCAAGAGCGAGAGAGAGUGUGUGUGUGAUAGUGUGCAUGUGAGCGUGAGUGAGUGUGUCCUUUGACAAACGCUUUCGGACAAGCCAACCUGCAACAACAGCGCAUACACCGCCACAGCAUAGCACACCGCCACAUACAUACAAACAUACAAACACACAACCACACGCCCAUCUGCGUGAAUCUUGCAUCGGACAAGCAGACACAACAACCAAACGAGCCACAACAUCAAGCAAGAGCACAUUCAUUUCAACGUCACACAAUUUGGCAUGAGAUUGCUGGUGGCUGUCGCCCCAGCGGUAGCACGACUGCUACUGCUGCUCGCGCUUGCGCUCGCGCCAUGCACAGUGGUGGUGCAAGCGCUGGCCCAGGACGUGCAAAAGGAGGUGGUGGCCCAGGGCCUGCUGAUCCCCACAGGGGCGCGCGUGCUGCCGGACCAGAAGCGCGUCAUCAUUGUGGAGCAGGUUGGCACCUUGCAGAUCCUGGACCUGACCACCAACGCCAAGCAGACGUACAUGACCAUGAGCAACAUCAACGCCAACGGCGAGAAGGGCCUCAUGGACUGCAUCCUCGACCAGGACUUUGAAACGAACAACUACUUCUACUGCUACUUCAGCCCCAUUGCCCCCGAGGGCGUGCGCAUCUCCCGCUUUACGCACGUGCAGAACGCCGGCGGCGCGUCAAGCCGCGGCGACAUCAACUCCGAGUUUGUCGUCUGGCAGGGCGAGCAGCCGUACACGGGCGCAGACUACGCCUUUGGCACGGUGCACUAUGGCGGGCAGCUGAGCUGGGGGCCCAACGGCCUGCUGUAUGCAACGCUCGGUGAUGAGACAAAGCGUGAGUGGGUGCAGUCCAACAGCAACGAGAACGGUGACCCGCGCCACAACGGCUGCAUCAUCCGUGUGCACAAGGACGGGCAGAUCCCCGCCGACAACUUUGGCCACGCGCGCGGCGUGCCCGGGUGCUGGGCAUAUGGGCUGCGUAACGGGUUCCGGUCGUCCUGGGACAUCCCCACAGGCCGCUUCUUCAUUGCAGAGGUGGGUGGGAACGAAUUCGCGCCCGACUACGACAACGCAUGGGAGGACAUCCACGUGCUCACGCCAAGCAGCAACGGCGAGAACCUCGGCUGGCCGCUGUGCGCGGGGCCUUGCGACAACCCACAGUUCCCCACCUGCAGCUGCGCAACAACCAACAACCCCAUCUACACGUACGAACACACCGCCGCGCAGCGCGGGUGCGUCGUGGGCGGGUACGUGUACCGUGACAACGGCUUCCCGCAGGAGUACAAGGGCUCGUUCGUCUUUGGCGACUACGUGCGAAACUUUGUGCAGCUGCUGCAGUUUGGAGCGGACGGGAAGGUUGCCAACGUGAAACACCUGGACGACCUGGCGGGCCCCAUUUCCAUUGCGCCAGGCAACGACGGCUCCAUCUUCGUGACCACCAUUGCAGGCCAGCUUAUCCGCUACUCGUACACGGGCGACCUUGGUGGCGUCACCACCACCACCACCACCACUGCCGCCGCCACCGACCCCGUCACCACAAUGAACCCAAUCACCACACCGGACCCAAUUACAACACAGGGCGGUGGCGGUGGUGGUGAUGCGACGAGCUGUAAGGGCCGGUGCAACAUCUACGAUGCAGCGGCACCCUGCCAGUGCGAUCCAAACUGCCUCGACUAUGGUGACUGCUGUGGUGACAUCGAUGUUGUGUGUGGGGACGGCGUCACAACAGCGGCGCCCACAACGCAGGCACCAACAACACAGGAGCCAAGCACGUCCACAGUUGUGGGCAAUGAUCCCGCCAGCUGUAAGGGCCGGUGCAACAUCUACGACGCUGCUGCGCCCUGCCAGUGCGAUCCAAACUGCCUCGACUAUGGCGACUGCUGUGCUGAUCACACCGCAAUCUGUGUUGAUGGCGGUGGCGGCAGUACAACGGCAGAACCAACCACGGAAGCACCGACAACAACCAGCACCACCACAACCACAACCACCACUACAACAACAACCACCACAACCACAACCACUACUACGACCACGACCACGACCACGACCCAGACAAUCACCACACAGGGCGGCAUCGACAUGCGCACGCCGCCACCGCAUCUGCAGUUCCACGAUGGCCCUGCCGCGUGGACACAGUGCCAGAUCAAGACGUGCAACACGGCCUACAACCGGGUCCAUCCAUGCCAGUGUGAUUCACACUGUGGCCUCUUCAGAGACUGCUGUGCCGACUAUUCAUAUCUCUGCUGCGAAGAUAUUCCAAAUCUGCGCCAAUGCGAGCGCCAAUGCGAACAAAAGGCGGCACAAGAAGGGGUGGGCUACGUGUACGAGCUUGUCUCCUUCUCUCCAGCCGAUCCCUGUGACGUGCGGUGCAUCUGCACACUCGCGCCGCAGGCAUAGGAAUAGGCCGUCGGCAGACUUCAAGCAGGAAUAAAGGGAAGACCUGCCACACAACAAAGGAGCGCGACGCAAUCGCACCAAGUACACACUAUGCUCCGCCAUGAUCGUUGUGGCAUCAUGAUGGUGCUGGCGCGCGUGUUCGCUGCUGUUACUGGUGCUGCUUAAUGACGUGGAAAUGAUGGUUUGCUGAUUGAACAUGUGUUUUAUUUACACUGCGGAGCGUUGGGUAUGUACAAGAUCCUGUUAUGGAUGGUGAGUGAUGUGACAUGGCAGAGUUGCUGACGUUGACAGUUGGUGGUGCUUGUUCAUGGUGCUCGUUGGUGGUGCUCGCUGGUGGUGCAUGUUUUCCACGCGUGUCUCUCGACAUGGCCCCCUCCCCCUUAUUUUUUCGUUUGAUUCUUCCGUUGUUGUCUGCAUUGGUUCUCAACCAUGAUGGAUCGGCAAUAUAUUGUAGCAAUUACAAAGCAAGAAACAAGCGAA